CCUUCAAAAUUUCCAAGAGCAUAAAGUAAAAACUCACACUUUAUUUACUUGAAUCCAACCCCCUUUUCUCUGUCUAUCAAAAAAUGGAAGAACAAAAGAUUUGCAAAAAUAGUAACACCAAAAGCUUGUCAACUAGACCUAGUAAUAAUAAUAAUAUUACAAGCACAAAAAAAUGUGGUGCAAAAGAAGAAGUAAAGCUGGCUGCUUUAGUUAUUCUUCUAAAAGCUAAAUUGAGAUCAGCUGAUAUGCCAUUUACCAUGCAAGAGCGUGCUUUGUGCUUCACUAGAUCUUUCCUUGAUGCUGCACCAAUGAAUAGCACCCGCCUCAAACCUUCACCACUAGCUUGUGCUCUCAAAAAGGAAUUUGACACAAGGUAUGGAGCAGCAUGGCAUUGCAUAGUAGGGAAGAGUUUUGGGUCAUAUGUGACUCAUUCCAAUGGAGGCUUCCUUUAUUUCUCUUUUGAUUCUGUUUUUGUUCUACUUUUCCAGACACGAGUUCAUCUACUUGCUAGUACUUCUCAUGACUGACUCCAUCAUCGAUUCAUCGUAGAAAGCUAAAUCAAUGAAUGCUUAACUACUUGUCUACUCUAGCACGUUCAUUAAGUUAAGCUAGCUUAUGAUUUUAGUAAAUUUUCUGUAAUUUUUUUUAUAUCAAGCUUGUUGUAACUUCACUAUAUCACUGGAUCAGUUUAGAGUAGUUUUAGUGGAUUUCAAUAUGUCAUGAAUGUGCAUAUAUGAUCUGUAAGUUCUAUUGACUAUCAAUUUAAGAAUAAUAUCAAACAAUAAUAGAAUAUCAAAUAAUAAAGCAGGAAAGAACACACCAGAACUUUUACGUGGAAACCCAAGAACUGGGAGAAAAACCACGA